UAUGAUGGUGGUAAACCGGUCUGGAGCAAGCCUGCAGUCGUUUAUGCCAGCGGUUCUGUGGCGUCCAUUGGUGUGAUUAUUUUAGGACUCCCAUACUACACAGCAAUGGAACCGAGAAGCUACAGUGGAGACCGUUUAUGGAGCCAACGGUUUUUAGGAUACAUCAAGAACGACAACCGAGUAAUUUAUUAUUGUUCGAAACUUGCGCAACGGAAAGGCUAUGAUCACUUCGUUAAGAGCGUCGACAAGUGCUUCUCGUCGUAUGCGAUGCCUGGAAAUGUAUGGAAAGUGCCUGAUGAUUUUAAGGAUUAUUCCCCAACCAAUCAUCGAGAAUUCGUUAAACCAUUUUUCAUCAGGGCUAUGAGAAAAUUUCAAAGCUACAGGAUCAAGUGGUCCAAAUUUGAUUCAGAUCGAUUAAAGUGGAUUAAGAUAUUCGAUUACUUCGUUACCGACCCGAAUCGGCAAACGUCACUGCUAUACACGAUGAAGAGCGAACAAGACAACGACAUUUUCGCGGAUGGGCGCCGAUUCCGAGCCCGUGAAAGAUUUCGGUCCUACGACAAAGCCUACUAUGGAGAUGAUUUUACCGGAAGUCACGUGUUAGAGAUUGAAAGAUGGUCACCCGUUGACACUGGGACAUACAAGAUUGAAGUGCUCGUUCCCAGUAGAGGUGUAGGGAACCAAGCCGUUAUAGAACUGCGUCAUGAAGAUGUGCCCGAAAUCACUUGGGUAACACCUUCUCCUCAUGUAGCAGUAAAAGACAUCAGCGAUAUUCUAGAAGUAAAAAUCGAUAAUGAAAAGACGCUUAUUACUGUCGAAUGGUAUCACAAUGGAACUCAAAUAGAAAGGAAAACGGAGGGAUUCACUUUCCCUG